UUUUGACUCCAUAAUACACGCGAGAGGUGAACACAGAGAGCGAGAGAAAGCCAACCAUGACCUUACCCCCGCGUGACCGGCAAUCAUCUGUGUCGGACGAGGCAGCGUCAAUCGCAGUCAGCCUCGCUGCCAUCGACUGGGACGUAGCGCUCGUAGACAAGGACGUAAGGAGGUUGCUGGAGGUGCUCCAAGACGAUGGCUCCGAGGGCAAGACCUACGCCGGUCGCAGCAACUCCACGCCAGAGGGCAAGGCCUUCCUGCAGAACCAGGUGGAUGGGCUCAUGAGGGAGAAGGCGCAGUACAAGGAGAAGAGGAUGGCCCUGAUGCAGCGGCAGCAGGAGCUCCAGGGUGGCGGCGGCGGCGGCGGUGGCGGCCGCGGCAGCUCGGCCGGCGUCGCGAACAGCAGUAGCGAGCUUCCGAAGGCAACUCCGCCUUCGCUGCCCCAAACGCCCACCAACGAUAACAGCACGCAUUCUACUUCGAGACGAGGCUCCUUCCCCCUUGGCCCGAGGCCAUCCCCAGGUGUGCGAGGGCUCACGCCAGACAGAAGAGCGAGUGCACAUGUAGAGAUGGAUUGUAUGUUUAGCAGACCUGACACGAACCCCAAAGGACGAAGGUGUCGGAUACAAAAGAUAACAUAG